AAUGUUAUCAAUUUGUUUGUUUUGAUAACCGAAGAAAAAUUGGUUUUGAUUCGCGGCCGCCUUGAUCAUGUCGGCGGAGGGGGCUUUUUGAGUCAGUUAAUUUGUUUAAAAUAGCUCUUGUGCACAAUGGAACAAUUAAUUGGUCUUCAUUGAGUUGUAAUUGAGUGUUGGGAGGAAAAUAACACGAGAAAUAUCGGCUGCUUUGAAUAUUUUAAUUGAGAUUCCUCAGAUUGGGACAACUGUCCGCGACCUAAAACGCGCCAUCCAACGCAACUUCACCCUGCGACAGCAGCGCCUCCGCAGCAAAACGAAAAUAUCGUGGCGUUACAUUUGGCGCACUUACGACCUCCUCCAUUGGGGCAAACCGAUGACUAAAGACGGCGAAUUGGUCAGCAAUUACGGCGUUGUCAACAAAUCAGAAAUUCGUUUCGCGAAAAAAUUACGCGGGAAAGUCGAGACAUGUUAACGGGGAAUGUUUGGCUUGGAAAAAAUCAUUUUUGGACAGUUGUUGGUCUUAUUCGUACAUGGGAGAUACCCAUGGUUGGAGCAAGUCACACGACAGGAACAAUUGACAGCUGGGUGUGAUAGACUACAAGUGAGGAAAAGUCUCAAUUGGGGACAAUUAGAUCACAUAUUAGUGGACCACAAACACCGGUUGUUGUAUUGUUAUGUACCAAAGGUGGCGUGCACUAACUGGAAAAGGAUCUUAAUGGUUUUGACAGGUGUCACUUCAGCUACGAAUUUAAUUGACAUUCCUGGAUCAGUGGCACAUAAUGAAAAUUCAACCUUGAAGUUGUCACAACUACAAAAUGAUACUAUUAGUAAUUGUGUCAAUACAUAUACGACGUUUAUUAUGGUGCGACACCCGUUUGAGCGCCUCCUAUCGGCCUAUCGCAACAAAUUUGAAACUACCUAUACGCAGUAUUUUCGGAUCCGGUAUGGGAAAGAUAUAAUUCGCAAAUACCGCAAAAAUGCCACUAAAACUGAUCUAGAGACUGGCCGUAAUGUUUCAUUCCGUGAGUUUGUUCUCUAUAUACUCAACGGUGGCGCCACUGCUAACGAACAUUGGGCCCCCAUCUAUGAUCUUUGUCAACCUUGCUCGCUAAACUACACGUUUAUAGGACGUUAUGAGAGUCUUGUAGAAGAUGCGAGAACACUUCUUGAUAUGAUUGGAGCGCCCUCUUUGACGUUUCCGUACACUAAACCGUCACAUACUUCGUACAAAUUGAAAAAAUACUUCCAGCAACUGUCAAUGAAUGAUAUUCAACGGCUGUAUAAACAGUACGAAUAUGAUUUUAAAUUGUUCGGGUAUAAUUUAGAACACUUGUUAGGUUUUGAUUUACCUUAAUUAGUUAAAUAAGAUGUUGAAUAAAUUUGUAUUUUUAAUUA